UACAAAUUCAAAACCACUCUUUCGUUUUCUUAGAUUAAAAAUCGCUUUCUCUACAGUGCGAUCGGAAACGAUGGCGGCGAAUCUGACGGCGGGAGCGAUCGCGAAGAUGCUGAGCGGAGAAGUGAAGGAGGAGAAAGAGAUGACGCCGAUCCUGCAAGUGACGGAGAUAAAGAUGAUCCAGCAAGUGCGGAGGAACCAGGAGCUGAGCGUGGAGAGGUAUAAGGUCGCCUUGUCCGACGGGAUCCAGUCGCAAGAAGGCAUGCUUAGCGCUACCUCCAACGCUCUCGUCAAGCAAGGGAGCAUUCAAAUCGGAUCGAUUCUUAGACUCACUCGAUUCAACUGCAGCCCCGUAAGGAAUCGAAGGAUUGUUAUUGUUAACGAACAAGAGAUUAUUGCGGAGAAAUGUAAUAUCUUUGGGAAUCCUCUUCAAUUGUUGACACCUAAUGCACAAACCAAUAGUGUAGCUACAAGGAGUGAGUUCAAUGGUGUAGCCAGUUUAGCUCAACCUCAAGCUGUUCAAAGACAGACCUUUGGUUCUGGUACUGGUUUUCACCAGCAACAGGCUAUAAGGACUGAAGUCAAUAGUGUAGCCAAUUCAUCUCAAGCUCAAGUUGUUCAAAGACCAUCCUUUGCUACUAGUUAUAACCAGCAACAGGCUACAAGGAGUGUAGCCAAUUCAUCUCAAGCUCAAUUUGCUCAAAGACAACCCUUUGUUUCUGGUUACGUGAGCAGCUCAAAUGCAGGUUACGGAAGCUCUAGGCAGGAGCAGGCUUAUUAUUCUCGUCCACCGGUUCAGCCUCAGCCACCAUCUAUGUAUGCUAACAGGAGUCCAGUGGCUAGGAACCAAGCUACUCCAAUGAUAAUUCCCAUCGCUGCUCUUAACCCUUACCAGGGUCGGUGGACUAUUAAGGCUAGGGUCACGAGUAAAGGAGAGCUUAAGACUUAUAAUAAGACUCAUGGGGAUGGGAAGUUAUUCAGUUUUGAUCUCCUUGAUGCUGACGGUGGGGAGAUUCGUGUUACUUGUUUCAACGAGAUGGUUGAUAAGUUCUUUGACGUGAUUGUUGUUGGUAACGUUUAUCUGAUCUCAAAGGGAACUUUGAAGCCUGCUCGGAGAGAGUAUAAUCAUCUCCCUAAUGACUAUGAAAUACAGUUAGAGAAUGGGUCAACUGUUGAGCAAUGCUAUGAGGAUGAUGCGGCCAUUCCGCGGAAUAGAUUCCGUUUCUGUUACAUAAGUGAUGUUGAGAACAUGGAGAGCAAUAGUAUCGUUGAUCUUAUUGGAAUUGUGUUGUCCAUCAGUCCGACUGGUUUAAUCAUGCGGAAGAGCGGAACUGAGGUGCAGAAGAAGGCACUUCGGUUGAUGGAUAUCUCAGGGAGAAGCGUGGAAGUAACUAUGUGGGGUAACUUCUGCAACGUAGAAGGACAGAGACUGCAAAGUCUUUGUGACUCUGGUGCAUUCCCGGUUCUUGCUGUGAAGGCGGGGAGGGUCAGUGAGUUUAACGGGAAACAAGUGAGCACCAUUGGAUCAAGUCAACUCUACGUAGAGCCAGACUUCCCUGAAGCUAGAGAAGUGAGGGAGUGGUACGAGAGAGAAGGACGUAAUGCUCCUUGUAUCUCGAUAUCUAGAGUGUCUUCCGGCGUUGGCAGACAAGAGAUUCGCAAGGUGAUCACUCAAAUCAAGGAAGAGAAUCUAGGGACCUCAGAGAAGCCAGACUGGAUCACAGUCACUGCCACCAUUUCAUUCAUGAAGGUUGACAAUUUCUGCUACACAGCUUGUCCCAGCAUGAAUGGAGAUCGUCCAUGCAGCAAAAAGGUGACUAAUAACGGAGAUGGGACUUGGCGGUGCGAGAGAUGUGACAAAUGCGUGGAUGAAUGUGACUAUAGGUAUAUAUUGCAGCUACAGUUACAGGAUCAUACAGGCGUAACCUGGGGCACUGCGUUUCAGGAAGCUGGUGAGGAGAUAAUGGGAAUGCCUGCGAAAGAUUUGUAUUAUCUGAAGUAUGAGGAACAGGAUGAGGAGAAAUUUGAAGACAUCAUCCGCAAGGCUGCUUUCACCAAGUACAUUUUCAAGCUGAAGGUUAAAGAAGAAACUUAUGGUGAUGAACAACGUGUGAAAGCAACAGUUGUGAAAGCUGAGAAGCUGGACUACUCUCAAGAUACCAGGUCCCUCCUAGAGGAAAUACAUAAACUCAGAACGGAAACUAUGAACCCAGAGAGUUCCAGCUACAGGUCUAGUGCAUUUAACUCCGGUAUGAUUUUGUGUGGCGCAUGUGGGAGCAAUGGUCAUGUUUUUGCUAACUGCCCAAGCUUUAUGAGUGAGCCACAAGGACAACACUAUGUGAUGAGCACACAGGGGAGAAACACAGGAAGAGGCAUGCCAAGGCAACAUGUUGGCAGUAGCUACUGAAAGACUUUAGUAACUAUAUCACAUCUCCAUCAUUAUCUUUAUACAUUUGGAUACUCAGGUCAGAGGCUGUUUUGACCGUUUCACGUUCACUUUAGUUUUCUUUUUCUUGGUGCUUUGUAUAAAUCUCUUCACCGUUAAAUAAGCUAAAGUUAUAUGAUCAAAAUCAGAUUCCAAUU